CACUGCUUACACUGAAGAGGGAGGCUGGGAGAGGAUUGUGUGUGUGUGUGUGUGUUUUCUUUUUGGUGGUGGUGGUGGAGGAGGGGUGCUAGCAGGGCCAGUCCUGAACCCGCUGGACAGAGCUACAGACCCAUGGGGCCUGGCAGAGCCGGCUGAGAGAGGGAGACGACAACAGAGGGGUUGCCAAGGCACCCUCCAAACCCCAGAUCAUGUCUCUGUGGGGUCUGGUCUCCAAAAUGCCCCCAGAAAAACUGCAGCGGCUCUAUGUCGACUUUCCUCAACACCUGCGGCAUCUCCUGGGUGACUGGCUGGAGAACCAGCCCUGGGAAUUCCUUGUCGGCUCAGACACCUUCUGCUGCAACAUGGCCAGCGCCCUACUUUCUGCCACUGUCCAGCGCCUUCAGGCCUCAGCCGGAGAGCAGGGGGAGGGGAACACCAUCUUGCAACACAUCAGCACUCUGGAGACCAUUUAUCAGAGGGACCCCCUGAAGCUGGUGGCCACUUGCAGACACAUACUUCAAGGUGAAAAAAAAGCUGUUAUGGAGCAGUUCCACCACCUGCCAAUGUCCUUCCACUGGAAGCAGGAGGAACUCAAGUUUAACACAGUCCUACGGAGGCUGCAGCACCGGGUGGGGGAGACCCGCCUUCUCCGGGAGGCCCUGCAGCCUGGAGCUGAGGCUGGCCAAGUGUCUUUGCACAGCUUGAUAGAAACGCCUACCAACGGGACUGGGCCAAGUGAGGCCCUGGUCACACUGCUGCAGGAGACUGUUGGUGAGCUGGAAGCUGCUCAGGCUCUGGUGCUGAAGAGGAUCCAGAUAUGGAAGCGGCAACAGCAGCUGGCAGGGAAUGGCGCACCCUUUGAGGAGAGCCUGGCUCCACUACAAGAGAGGUGUGAGAGCCUGGUGGACAUUUAUUCCCAGCUGCAGCAGGAGGUGGGGGCAGCUGGUGGGGAGCUUGAUCCCAAGACCCGGGCAGCGCUGAUUAGCCGACUAGAUGAAGUCCUGCGCACACUUGUCACCAGCUCUUUCCUGGUGGAAAAGCAGCCCCCCCAGGUUCUGAAGACUCAGACCAAGUUCCAGGCUGGAGUUCGAUUCCUGCUGGGCCUGAGGUUCCUGGGGGCCCCAGCCAAGCCUCCGCUGGUCAGGGCUGACAUGGUCACGGAGAAGCAGGCGAGGGAGCUGAGCAUGCCCCAGGGGCCCGGAGCUGGAGCAGAAAGCACCGGAGAAAUCAUCAACAACACCGUGCCCCUGGAGAACAGCAUUCCUGGGAACUGCUGCUCUGCGCUGUUCAAGAACCUGCUUCUGAAGAAAAUCAAGCGGUGUGAGCGGAAGGGCACCGAGUCUGUCACAGAGGAGAAGUGCGCUGUGCUCUUCUCCACCAGCCUCACACUUGGCCCUAACAAACUCCCCAUCCAGCUCCAGGCCCUGUCCCUGCCCCUGGUGGUCAUCGUCCAUGGCAACCAAGACAAUAACGCCAAAGCCACCAUCCUGUGGGACAAUGCCUUCUCUGAGAUGGACCGCGUGCCCUUUGUGGUGGCUGAGCGGGUGCCCUGGGAGAAGAUGUGUGAAACUCUGAACCUCAAGUUCAUGGCUGAAGUGGGGACCAACCGGGGAUUACUCCCAGAGCACUUCCUCUUCCUGGCCCAGAAGAUCUUCAGUGACAACAGCCUCAGUAUGGAGGCCUUCCAGCACCGUUCUGUGUCCUGGUCACAGUUCAACAAGGAGAUCCUGCUGGGUCGUGGCUUCACCUUUUGGCAGUGGUUUGAUGGUGUCCUGGAUCUCACCAAACGCUGUCUCCGGAGCUACUGGUCAGACCGGUUGAUCAUUGGCUUCAUCAGCAAACAGUACGUCACUAGCCUUCUUCUCAACGAGCCUGAUGGAACCUUCCUCCUUCGGUUCAGUGACUCAGAGAUUGGGGGCAUCACCAUUGCCCACGUCAUCCGAGGCCAGGAUGGCUCCCCACAGAUAGAGAAUAUUCAGCCAUUCUCUGCCAAAGACCUGUCCAUUCGCUCACUUGGGGACCGAAUCCGGGACCUCGCUCAGCUCAAAAACCUCUACCCCAAGAAACCCAAGGAUGAGGCUUUCCGGAGCCACUACAAACCUGAGCAGAUGGGUAAGGAUGGCAGGGGUUAUGUCCCAGCUACAAUCAAGAUGACUGUGGAAAGGGACCAGCCACUUCCCACCCCAGAGCCCCAAAUGCCUACCAUGGUGCCCUCUUACGAUCUUGGAAUGGCCCCUGACUCCUCCAUGAACCUGCAGCUCGGCCCAGAUAUGGUGCCCCAAGUGUACCCACCACGCUCUCACUCCAUCCCCUCAUAUCCAGCCCUCCCCCGGGAAGAAUCAGUCAAUAUGUUGCCAGCCUUCCAGGAACCCCACCUGCCGAUGCCUCCCAACCUGAGCCAGAUGAGCCUGCCCUUUGACCAACCUCACCCGCAGGCUGGCAGGGGCCUGCUGCCGUGCCCACCUCAGGAUCAUGCUGUGUCCAGCCCUGAGCCCUUGCUCUGCUCAGAUGUGACCAUGGCAGAAGACAGCUGCCUGAACCAGCCGGUGGGAGGGUUCCCUCAAGGCACCUGGGUCCGUGAAGACAUGUUCCCGCCCUUGUUGCCUCCCACUGAACAGGACCUUACCAAGCUUCUCUUGGAGGGACAAGGGGAGUCAGGGGGAGGGUCCUUGGGACCCCAACCCCUCCUGCAGCCCUCCCCCUACGGGCAGUCUGGGAUCUCAAUGUCCCACCUGGACCUAAGAGCUAACCCCAGUUGGUGAUCCCAGCUGGAGACGGAGCCCAGAGAGACCGCUCUCCUGCCCCCACGGGCCUGCUCUGGGCACCUGCCCCUGCUCCUGCCCAACAGCAGAGAGGGAGGGUGUGUCCUCCUCUCCCCACCCACUCCCUGCUCAGGAGGAAAAGACUGCCAGGAGAAGGUACACUGGGUGGAACAUACCUACUCCUUCCCUUCCAACACACCCCUGCCCUCUCCCUUCCAGAUAGUGGAAGGGAAAUUCAGGUUCCAAGUGAGACACGCCCCAACAUGACUGCACAGGCAGCGCGCACGCAUGUGUGUGCGUGUGCACGCACACACACACACACACACACACACCCACAUACAGAGCUCUCCUUGGAAGAUGGCACUCAGCAGGAAGAGGGCUGGACAAGAGCACAGGUGCGGGCAAGAGGGGGAUUUCUCCGCCUGCCCCAAGCCAGGGCUCACCACUCACAGGUGGAAACACGCACGCACACACACAUCUGUUCCACAGACUGAGGAUGGCGGUAUGGGCUUAGGCCCCAGCCCUGGAGAGAUGGGAAGCAGUUCAGGAGACCCUGGGAGGGAGGUGGGGUGGGGUCUGUACAUUUGGUAACAGAUGUGGCUUUUGCCCAGAUUAAAAAAAAAGUCCCAACCAGCUCCGGAUUCUUGUCAGUCAGCUGGAGACUUCAGGAUACAUGUGUGAGAUUGUGCAGAAGUACAAGGGCUGAGUCUGUGUACAGCCAGGUGAAAGCGCGUGCACUUGGGACAUGUUAAUAUAUGGAUGUCACACGUUAGUUGUAUGGCUUCAUAGAACAUUGAUGUCUCUGACUUUGCCUGUGUGACAACACAAGUUAGCAAGUAUGAGAUACUGCACACAAGGCCCCAGCAAGUAUGCUGGCCUCUCGGACGUAUGCUAACCCAAAUGUACUCAGUUCUGGGUGUGAUUGUGCCCACGUGGGUCUAUGUGGCUGCGACAUCUGCGUAUCAGGCUGUAGCUUUGGUGGCUCCCCACCCCCAGUCCUGCCCAGAGGCAGAGUGUGAAUUUGGGGUCCAGACUCAGGUGUGUGGUCCCCUUGAUGUACUGGGGGCCCUACCUGCUGCUUCUUUUCUAUUUCCCCCACCCACUGCCAGCUUCCCUCCACCUUCCCACCCCAUGCCAACCUUUCUCCAUCUUGGGGGUCAGAGAUCCUAAGCCAUAAAAUAAAUUUUAUUUCAAAAUAACAAAAUAAAUAAUCUACUGUACACGA